UUUUUCCACAAAACAACUGCCCCUGAAUUGAGAUGGACGCGCUUUUUGCAUUGUUCAACUUUUGUUUUUAGAAGUGAGAAAUACAAAAUUUAGUUCGAAUUCUGGAAGAUAAUUUGUGCAAAAUUUGAAUGCGAAUGUGUUUUAGGGAUUUGAACAGUUAAAAAAUCAGCAAGCCGUGCUUUUUCUACGAGUGUCAGUUGAAGUGUGCGAGUGAAAAAAGAUGGCUCGUUUGAACGGCGCCCGGCUGCAGAUGCUGGAAAAGGGAGAAGACAAAGUGGUCCGAGAAAUUCCUGUACGAACAAGUCAGGUCCAGAUCGGUAACAACCCAAUACAAAAUACAAUUCGCUUGAAUUCCGCUGGUGUCGAAGAUGUUCAUUGCAAAAUCUUUGUGCAAAACGACAAGGUUUUUAUAGCUAACUUUUCGGCGAAGAAUCCGAUUUCAAUUGACCAAACGGUGGUUCCCAAACGGGCCGCCCUGACCGAUGGUUCCGUUCUGGAAAUCUGUGGAACGCGGUUCCGCUGGAAGUUUGACGACUCGAAACUUGUACGAAAGACGCCGACCAGUUCCAAGUUUGGGAACCGGCGACGCACGACCAUGGUGCGGAAAAAGCAACCCGCUGCGGCUGCUGCUAGUGGUGGCGCCAGUUCAGCUGUCGCGGGAGGUUCCGGGAAGAAACCGGCGUCGAAAAAAUCUCUCCAGCAGAAACCAGCAACCUACACUCUGCCCAAAAAUAACAAACAGUUGCUGAAAAACAUCCGCAAGCGGUUAACCGUGCACAACAUAAUGACCAGGCAUAACUCCGAAGACGAUGCCGACGAGGAGGAGGACACGGAAUGUGAAGAGUCUGAUAACGUCGUUGAACAUUCAGACCGGGCAGAAUCUCCAAAGCCAGCAACACCAGAGAAACAGUCCAGCGCCGCUGCUUCGGCGGCCAACACUCCCUUCUACACGCCAGAACCGGAAAAGGAAAACUCAGUCCCAGUAACAAAAACUCCCAAAACACCCAUGCUGCAGUUGGAAAACUCGGCAAUGAUGAUCCUAUCGUACACUCCGGCGAUCGGAUCGCGCUCCAAGGCAAACAUUCAAAAGACGCCAAUUUCGGGGGCGAAAAGUGGCCAGCGUCUGAACUACCUGACGCCCAAAAAUGAAAACGUGUCGGUGAGUGGAACGCCGCAAAAGUCGAAGGCCGGCAAUUCCAUGUAUCUCAUCGACCUCACCACACCCACCUCUGGCCACAGCAGUUUCGUGUGCAGUCCCAUGCUUGACACAACAGCCUCUUCGGUCGGCACUCCCAAAGUGGGGCUGAUUGACCUUACAACGCCAAGUCCGAAAAAGGUCAAAACUCCAGCGUCGGCGCUCAAAUCGACUCAGCAGAAGACAUUGUUGAAAUCGGCCUUGAAAAACGCAAGCAGGACGCCCAGGACAGCGUUGCGAGGCAACUGGAACGCCCGCGACUCCCAAAGCGAUUCCAAAAUCAGUCUGAACGACACACCGACCAGGUCGGCUACUUCAACAAGAAGCAACAAAACACCUGCCAGCGGAUCGGCUCGAGCAGUAAGCAUUCGUAGUAGGCUCGAGACACCGAUUUCGAGCAAGAAACAACCCGACCCGGACCGAAAGGAACCGGCUCCAUCGACUCCGACAGCUGUACAAACGGAUCAGACCAAGCCAAAAGCCACACCCAUAAUGACCACCGAUGAACUCUUCGACACGCUCGUAGGCCGACAGUCGGUUGCAAAGACCUACGAAAGAAAAUCCACGUCACCCAAAAAGACACCGUGCCCGCUGGUGCUGGCCGAGGAUACGAGUGACAUGCCCAAAACAGACAUUGACCUGUGGGUAGAAUCAGUUGUGGCCGCCGUCACGAGUCCCGAACCGGUCAACAUGGAUUCCAUCAUCAGGAAACCAAACCGAACAACUCAAGUCCGUUCUUCUCAGUAUUCCGACAUCACACCCCACGAGUCCUUCGCCGAAGGUUCAGCAACGGCCAGCACGUCGGAAGUGGUGGACCCACAGACGGAAAAUGUCGCCGCCGAUGUUGACAGUCCUGACGAGCUAGACAACAUGACCGAUAAGCCCACCAUCCCCAACAGCAGCCGAAGAAGUGAAACGCCUUUGGCCAGCAAAAUCGCUCGAUCGCUGGGCAAUAAACGGCAAACGAUAGGGAAUUUCUUCACCAACAUCUUCGGCAAGCUCACCGUCAGUCCGGUAACCCGAAUCAGCAUCGCCGAUGACUCCAUCAACCAAUCAGGGGAGGAAGAGGAACGAGCAAAUGACGACGACUCGGACGGAUCGGAAGAAGUGUAUCACGACAGCGAGACGAGUCACGCCGCGGACGUUGCUGCGGAGCAACCAUCGGAGUCCAUCGCUUCCAGUCCAAAGUUGCGGCAGUCACUGCGCGAUACGCGAAAGUUUAUUGGCAAUGCUUGGACCUCGCUCAACACCUCGAGGCCGCAGCUGGACAAUACGGCCGAGAUUGACGAGAGCUUGCUGCUGAGUGACACGUAUAACGAGAGCCAAUCCGACGCGGGCAACGAAUCCGACGCGGUUUACGAUCUGACCGAUUUGGGCAGUCGACCGGCCACGGCACAGCCACCAAUGUCGGCCGCCAAAACUCCAACGCACCGGCAAAGCGUUCAAUCUGCGGGCGCGUUCGACAUCAGUCCGUUGGCAACUCCGCUUUGCCACGACGACGACGACGCGGUGCCACAAGAGCUGAUUUCGCCAAAUCAGUCGAUUAAUGAAACCCAAGUUGGCACUUCCGAAUCUGUUUCGGUGGCUAUGGAUCAAUCGGUUCCUGCUGAAGGUGAGACGGAAGAGCUGAACAAAGCCAACGCUGAAGAACAGGAGGCGCAUUUGGACACAUCGGAAAUGGAACCGUUGGAAGUGACCGAUGGCUUCGAAAGCGAGCUCGAAAUCGGUCAGCCGAAGACGCCCCGUACAAACGACUUAGUCGGCAGCAGGCGCGCAACCCGCAACUCGAUUGCAACCACCCAAGUUUUUACACCGAAGGCCGCCGCUGCAACGUCGUCGGAGAUCGCUCCGUUGAGUGAGUCCAAGCUACCGCUGCGAGGACUGCAUACGGUGGCAGUUCAGAGUCCUGCAAAGACGCCGCAGAAGUACGAAUCUGUCCCAGAUAUUGAGUUGCUGGAAGACGCCAACGCCGACCAUGUUGAUCAAUCCGCAAUUGAUUCUUUUGUUGAGGUUGAAGCUGAGUCGGCUGUCGAGCAAUUGGUUGAAUGUGACAAGUCGAGUAGCUUGUGUGUCGAUCAGGUUGAGAUCGCCAACGCAGAGAUUGCGGAGAACGUGGCACCCCUGGAAGAAACCGUCGAGUGUACCGUUGAAACAGUUGAACAAGAGCAGCUACCCAAUUCAUCGGCAACUUUGGAGCAAACAGUCGUAAACGACAGUUUGAAUUUGAAUGCCGCUGCAAGACGAAGCAUGCGCAAAUCGCUCGCGACGAUGACGGCCACUCCGAAAACUAAUGCCUCUCUCAGUAAGGUUCCGAUGAGCGAAUCGAAGCUUCCUCUGCGUAGACUGAGAGCGGUGCAAACUGCCGAAUUGGAGCAGACUGUUGAGAAAACGCCGGUCAACCAAGAGUCAGCUUUGGAAGAGACUGCUGAACCGCAAGCUGGGGAGUCACCUACAGAUCAAUCCGCGAACAGCACUCCAGUGACUCCAAUUCCAGCAAGUCCAGGUCGAUCCUCUCGCAGAAGUGCUCGCUCGACCCCACAGAAAGCCUCCUCCAGCUCCACGCUGAAACCGACUCCAGUGGGUACGACGCCGCUGCUGAAGCGUGUCCUGCAAAAAGUUGUCAAAGCCAGCGCAACAAAAGCCGCUCAAACGCCCAAGCCUGCGUUGAACGAAUCCGACGCGGACGCAAGUCUCCAGUUGGAUCAGCUGUACCAGACGCCACCAUCGCUUCGUGUGACUCGCGGCAAGGCCACAAAUACAAGCACUCCAAACGUUGCCGACGCGAGUCUAAACCUCGAUGAGCUCUACAAAACUCCGGCACGAGGCAACGCGGCAACGCCAGCUUCCGCCAAGAGUCGAGCUGCAAAGGUUGAAAAUCUGCAAGGCACGUCAGAACAGGCAAGUCUCGAUCCGUCGGUGUACAAGCUGGAAUCAUCCGCAGCCGACAAGAGCCUAAAUCUGCAGGAAUUGUACAAGACGCCAGCUGAGGCACUUCCAAACCAACUGCUGGAGGUCGCUGAAACCCGAGAGGAAAGUGCAGCCCGGAUGGCAGAGGCUGACAUGAGUUUGAAUCUCCAGCAAAUGUAUCAGACACCGGUUCGGACAGCGAAGAGUGAUGAAUCGCACGAGGAAAGUGGAGACCUGGCGAUUGCAAGUGAGUCGGUAGCAGAUGCGGAUCUAGGUGGGGUCAAGUUGAUCGAAACUACUGAACCGCGGGAAAACGUUGACAUGAGCCUAAAUCUGCACGAACUGUACAAAACUCCUGGCAAAUCACUGCUUACAAAUGCACAGCAGUCUGCCGUCGAGAACUUAGAAUCACCUAAGGAGGGAGCAGUUCAAGCUGACGUGAGUCAGUUGUCUGCUGAAGAAGCAGAUGCCAGCAAGAUUGUUCAAGUUGAGAAAUCACAACCCAACGCAGAAAUGAGUCUUAAUCUGCAGGAAAUGUACAAGACGCCAGCACGUUCAACGCGCCAGUCGUCAGCGGUCAAAACUACACCGCAGUCUCCUGUUAACGUAAGUAAUGUAGAUGUUGAUGAAGAGCAACUGCCGCCUAGCGCGGACACAACCCACAACGAAUCUGCAGUCAAGAAUUCCGAACAACCCAAUGUAAGCUUCGUACAAGCAGACGUAAGCCUAAACCUGCAACAGCUGCACAAGACGCCGGCACGACCAACGGUUCAGUCAUCGGUGGCAAACAGAACUCUACAGUCUUCUGUAGACGCAACGUGCGACGACGCGGUGGCAAUCGUAAGCACCCCGGACGCCGUUGUUGACCAUGAUGUCAGCAAGGCAGAGGCUGAUGAAGUUGGAGAACCACAGCCUAGCGCGGACAUAACCCUUAAUCUGCAGGAACUGUACAAAACUCCAGCCAGAUCACAGCGUGAGGAUAUCCCGAUGUCGUCUGCUGUCAAGAAUGCAGCAACGCCACAGAAACUUGACGUGUGUCUCAAUCUGCAAUCUGCGGCACGACCAACGCACCAGUCAUCAGCAUUGAUAGGUUCUCCACAGUCUGCUGCUGGUGUCAGCAAGUCUGAUGAAGUUGACAAACCACAAACGAAUGCAGACAUGAGCCUGAACCUGCAGGACAUGUACAAGACGCCGGCACGUUCAACACACCAGACGUCAGCGGUCAAAAGUACACCUCAGUCUCCUGUUGAUGUUGAUGAAGAGCUACAGCCCAGUGCAGACAUAACCCACAACGAGUCUGCAGUCAAGAAUUUAGAAACACCCGAGAGAGAUGACGUCCAAGCAGACGUAAGUGCUGUAACAGCUAACGUCAGCCAGUCACAUAAAAAACCACAGCCGAAUGAAGACAUGACCCUGAACCUGCAAGAACUGUACAAGACGCCGGCUCGAGCACCGCGUACAGUUGCACAGAAGUCUGAAACACCCAAAGAAAGCGUCGUUCAAGCUGACGUAAGUCUCAACCUGCAACAGCUGUACAAGACGCCGGCACGUUCAACGCGUCAGUCUUCUGCAGUCAAAAGCACUCCGAACGCUGAUGCCAGCAAGGUAGACAUGAGCUUGAACCUACAGGAACUGUACAAGACACCUGCACGCACACUGCGAGGUGUUGCUCAGUUGACUCCUGCUGCCGGGAUGGCCACACCUGCGAUCGUUGCUGUUCAACCCGAGCCAGAAGCCAAUGUAAGCCUCAGUCUUGAGCAACUGUACAAAACGCCUGCACGAACGCAUCGUGAAUCCUCAGAUCCACCAUCGGCGAUGAAACAGGUCAUGGCUUCUGAGGUAACUCCACAGAAGAUUGUUGAAAAGUCUGCAGUGGAUGUGACUCCGACAGCAGAGAUGAAAAAAGUUGAGCGUACCCCGAUUGCUGGAGUUUCCGAGCCAGAGACGGACAUGACCCUCAACCUGGACCAGAUGUACCAAACACCAGCGCGACAAACGACGUCGGAUAACAAAACCGUUGGCAAAGUUGAAGCCGACAAGAGUCUCAAUCUCGACCAGCUGUACAAAACACCUGCUCAGACCUUGCGCGGUGUAACACAGCUAGCCUCGGUGCAAGCAAACACUCCGGCCACCGAACCAAAAGCAGAAGCUGAAGUGAGCCUCAACCUGCAAGAACUGUACAAAACUCCAACACGUACCCUGCGUGGCACAAAAGCUCCACAGUCUGCCUCGAAACGGGCGGAGGUCGCUGGAACGCCCAAGCAGGACAGUGCUGACAUGAGCCUCAACCUGCAAAAUCUGUACAAAACUCCCGUACAAACUCAGCCGCCUGUCGCCGACACGACCUUCCAAGCUGCGGUUUGCGACGAGUCGAACUUGAAAGUGGAGUCGCUUUUCAAAACUCCAGCCCGCACUACGCGCGCCCUGCUUCCGCGGUCAUCGGCGAAGGUGGCUACACCGACCCCGAAGCGUACGCCACGAUCUGCCAACAAAAUUCACGAGCAGCCAUCGGUGUCGAUGGUCGAGUCCGAGCUGGCUUCAUCGAUCGCAGGAGAAAGCAUGGAUAUGGGCUCGGAAUCUGAUGGAUUAGUAACCGGCAAGGCCAUCAGCAGUACACCGUUCAACCCCCGAACCCGCAAGUCUACGCUGGUUGCUGCCGUGGGCAUGAUGUCCCCUUUGAACUCGUCAGGCGAUUCUACGAUGACGUCCGAGAUGAACACCGAAGCCAUCGGGAUCACCACGAUCGAUUCGACCACCGUUGACCAGAUGCAGACCCUGGACGGAGUGUUUGUUGCUGCGCAGUCGCGACUUGUGUACGACGAAUCGGGCCUCGAAACGAUAGCGGGAGAUCCGCUGCAGGUCACGAAUGCCGUUGAAGAUAUCACGUGCGCCGUAGAGGUGAACGAGACUACGCAACGCACCGUUGCUGGAUCACUGCUGGAGCAAAGUGAAACCUUGAUUGAACCCAGUUGCUCCGAGCAAGAAACGGUUGAUGCGUCGAAGAUUGUAGAACAGUCGCUUGUUUCAACUUCAGCUGCCGAUGGUGUCGAAGAGCCCGUUCAGAGUGCGCUACUUGAAACUGAAGUGAUCACACCUGCAACAUCCUUGCGCGAAGUUUUGCAGUCUCCAGGGAACGCCGAAACUCCCGGUAACAAAUCUGCUAUGGAGAGCACUCCCGUGCGCAACGUUGUCGAAACUCUGACGCCAGUUGUCGAACCUGAUUUGGAAGCUGUUAAGAAGACCCCCGUCGCUUCACCAAAGUGCCCUUCAACGCCUGCGAACAAGCCGACCAGCGGAACGCCAAUUCGGACGUCGACUAGGUAUCAACGUCCCGUCUAUCAAGAUGCCGAUGUGACCGUGAACGUUUCCAUCAGUGAGCAAGAACUUGUUACUGUAUCGACACUGCCUGAAACGCCUGAAGUUGAGGCUGCUCCAGAAGAAGAUGAAGUUACUCCAGAUGUUCCGGAUAAGGUAGAAACGGUCGAGUCGAUUGCUGAAGAAAAGGUCGAUGAAGCGCCCAUUGACAACAUGCCUAGCGAGAAAACAUUCGUUAGUUCACCUGUCGUCACUGAAACCGUUCCGGAUGUAAGCCCUGUCGAUGAACCGGCUGACGCUUCUACGCUGCUGAGCGAGAAGAUGGACGCCGAAUUGGUUCCAGAGCAAUCUGUCGAUGAUCUUUCAGCAGUCCCCGAGAUCAGUCCUGUCACCACAACGCAGGUUCCAGACACUGCUGCAGCUGCCUACCUGACCUCGAUGGGUGUCGAUCCGGCACUGUUACAGCAUAUUCACGAACGAGUCGAUACCCUGGAACGCGAGUUGGCUGAAAUGAACGACAUUACGCAGAGCAGUUCAACGUUUUUGGAACGGUCCGACGAGCAAUCGCUCGAUUCGCAAGAGUCUGAGGUCGAAGGCAGCAAGAAUCAGACGCCCAAGCCCAUGAAGCGGCGGUUGUACACGAAGAUCGCUCCGGAUGAGAGCACGCCGGAACGACGCGAAUCGAUUGGCGAUCAACGAGUUUCGAGUUUCUACACCGAAAGCGAGAGCGACAGGCGGGCGGUCGAUACAUCGUCCGAGAUUGAGGAACCAAAGAAGGUAGAUUCGGUGAAGGUGUUGCCAAGCCGAGCGUCUCGUCGAAAAAUCAUUUCCCUUUCCGAGGAGGCCUUGGCCGGCGCCUCGCCAGAAUUGAAGUUCGUAAAGCCCAAACAACCGAAGGUUGUUGCUCCCGUGGAAGAUCCUCCCCAGAUUGAUACGUCCGUCAACACGUCUGAAACAGAGCAGAGCGAUCAGGAAACUUCCCUCGGACGCCGCAAGGUUGUGUUUAACGAUCACAUUCAGGUGAAGGAGAUCAACUCACCAGCCUUCAUUGGAGAGAUUAUCAAGAAGACUGCGUUGCGAGGCCGUGGUCGCAACAACAAGCAACAACCUGUUACAGUUACCGUCGAUCAGCACGCUGGACAAGCGAUCAAGCCGGCUACCAAGCGGGCCAAAAUAGCCGAGCCUGUCACCGAGGACGCAUCUCCACAGGAAGGAACCAGCACGGUCAAAGUAACGGAGGGUGAUCUGGACAAGGUUGAAACUGUUGCACCAGUUGUCGAAGAGCCACUGACGAAGUCGGAAGAAAUCGUUGAAGCGUCCGUAGAAAAACCUGCAGCUAAGCGAAGUCGUGCGAAGAAGGUACCUGCGACAAAGCGAACCGGAUCCAGGACAAAAAUUCCGGUUGAAGCAGCAGCUGAGGAUUCAGUAGAGUUAGAUCCCCAGGAAGGAAUCAGCACAAUCGCAGUAACUGACGAUGUUUUGGGCAAGGUUGAACCAGUUGUUGAAGGUGAGGUUAUUCCAAAGAAUGUCGAAGGGCCACCGAAACAUUCCGAAGGAAUUGUUGAAGCGUCCGUUGACGAGCCUGCUCCCAAGCGAAGUCGCACAAAGAAGGCACCUGCAACGAAGCGGACCGGUUCCAGGCCCAAGCUUGUGGUUGAAGCAGUUGCUGAAGACAAAGAUGAGGCCGCUCCAAAGGAAGGAACCAUCCCGAACGAAAUUGAAACGGUUGAAUCAGUUGUCGAAGAGCAGCCUAAACCAUCCGACGAAAUCGUUGAUGCGCCCGUCGAAGAACCAGCAACUAAGCGAAUUCGUACUAAGAAGGCACCCGUAUCAAAGCGGGUCGUUUCUAGGACGAAGUCUCCCGUUGAAUCAGCUGUGCGAGAUAAAGUUGAGGCUGCUCCAGAAGAAGAUGAAGUUACUCCAGAUGUUCCGGACAAGGUAGAAACGGUCGAGUCGGUUGCUGAAGAAAAGGUCGAUGAGCCUUCGGAACAAUCCGAAGAAAUCGCUGAAGCGCACGUUGACAACACGCACAAACCAAGUCGUUCGAAGAAAGCACUAGCAACGAAGCGGGCCGUUUCCAAGACAAAGGACGAACAGACCUCAACGGCGGCCAACGAGGACAAGCACGACGAAUCCGAUGCAGCUUCUGUCCAACCCAGCGCCAAACGAUCGCGCCGAGGAGCAAAGGAAGCUUCGGAUGGCACGGAACCGGUUGUCAAGGAGCCCACAGAUAAGGAGGAGAAAAUCGAGCCGGAACAAAAGGUUAAAGCGGAGACAACUGUCGAGGGUAGCGAAGGUCAAACACACGUCGCGGAGAAGAGAGAUGCUGAGCAGCCCAAGGCCACGACCAAAGCACCGAGUCGUUCACGUCGCGGCAAGAAGCAGGCCUCCGAGUCGGAAGAAUCACCUGUCGAAGCUCAAGAAACUGCACAAGCGGCCAAGCCAAAAUCUCGACGGGGAGGAAAGAAGAAUGACACGUCUGCCGAUGAGGUUGUUCAAACUGACACACCUUCGGAAGCAGCUGAAACCUCGAGUGCUGUUGCAGAGCAGAAGACUGACACCGAGGUCGAAAAAUCGAUAGAGAAAGCUCCACAAAUCGAAGGAGAGACGUCAAAAGCGAAGGCGAAUCCCAGAUCUCGUCGUGGUGCAAAGGGAAAACGUGCGCCAGCUGAUGAAGCUGAUCCCAAACCUUCCCAUGAGUUGACAAGUUCAGCCGACAGCCACGAGGACGAGAAUUCCGCAUCGCACAGCAAGGCUGCGGUGAAGAAAGGUACCCGCCGUGGUCGUGGCGCAACUCAGAAUGACACUGUUGAAUCCAGCGUGCUUCCAGAGGUUUCUGCUGGCGCCUCGUUGACAGUUGAGAAAGCCGUUGCAGACUCUACAAGUCAUGAUGAGCCGAGUGCGGCUGCCGUUGACGUCGUAUCUGGUGCGAAACGAUCGCGACGAGGUGCGACGAAGGAAGAUGCUGAAUCAGCAGCCAACGAGCCGUUGAGCAAGCGAACGCGUCGUGCACCAAAGUCAAAGGUGGAGCAGGUCACUGAGGAAGGUGAUUCAGCUGUAGCUGCAGACCUGGUCGUUGCGAAGCCAAAACCAAUUGGUCGUUCUCGUCGUGGACAGAAUCAGGAUUCAGAGGCAGAGUCAGCAAAGACGCAAGAUGAGCAGCCGGAAAUAGGUAGCGAGAAACAGGAAGCGUCCCAGAUAGACAAGUUUGACAUUGAAGAAAAACCAUCAUCUCGACGAGGAGCCAGGAAGAAGCCUGCGGAAGAACAGACGAGUGCCAGGAUGCCAUCGCCGACGUUGCCUCCUCCUGCAGUCGACGAACAACCUGCAAAGCGAGUAGGCAGGCAAGCGGCAAAACGAGCACCAAAAAAUACCACCAGCAACCCAGAUCCGGUUCCGGUUGAGAUGUCUAUGAAUGAGUCCCACAUGGUCAAGACGAUGCUACCUGCUUCGCACACUUCAACUCCGUUGAUAAAGAGCGUUCUUAAUGCGGACGCCGUUGAAGUUCCCAGCGCAACACGCGGUCGUCGGGCGGCGGCGGCAAAUCCCGUUAUUGCAGCACUGAUUGAAGAGUCCACACCUCGUACCAGGGCCCGCCGUGGCGCAAGUGCAACGCCUGAAGUGCGGGUCGAAACUCCGAGUACGCCUGCGAAACGUGGUCGUGGUCGUGGCGCUGCAGCCAAAACCAAGGUCGUAGAAGAAGAGACUCAGUCAACGGUAACCGAAGCACCACAGGCGAGUACCACCGCCGUUGAUGAGUCGUCCGAACCGUCGACGAGCACGGCGCGAAGUCGUGGAAAGAAACCCGCAAAGGUUGACAAAGAAGUCGUCGAAGAAGCCACGGAACCAGAACCGGCCACGAAACGAUCCCGCAAAGUUUCGGCCAAGUUGCGGGAUGAUGCUGACGAUGCACCAAAGGCACCUGCGGCCCGCGGUCGGCGCGGUGCCAAGGCAAAGACUGAAGGAUCGAACGCGGACGACGAGGCCGGUCCCAGUGAGGAAGUGCCCAAGAAGAAGCCCAGAGGAGCAGCUGCUACGAAACGCACAGCCAAGAAGACGGCAGCGGCAGAUCUCAACGAAGAAAGCGUACCAGAAGAGGAAGAAACAGAAGAAGAAGAAGCUCCGAAAAGUCCACCCCCCAAACGUACACGGAAGGGUGCUAGAUAAGCUCGAGUUGAUAGGCCGCAGAUGGUUUAAUUUUUGUUUUGUUAUUUUUUCUUAUUUUUAAUACUUAACCUUUACUGAACAUUUACCUACUAAGGAAUGAAUAAAUAAAUUUGAUUUGAUGAUUGGAAAAGAA